AGCGCUCUUGCAUUCUUCAAGGCACCAACCAUGACAACUAGCAGUCCUCUUCAGUGACUCAGAGCUGCGCUGUUGCCUACUGGUGAACCUCUACGGUUUACCUCAGCUCUGGGUCACUCUUCAAUAAAUACUUCAGCCCAUCAGGCGUUCAAAUCAGAAGGCUUGGAAGAGAGCCCAAGUUGCAUUGCAAUUUUUAUUUUUGGCACCGCAGUCCCCACAGGGAAACCGACUGGCAGUGAAUUAACAGAAGACAGAGGGGCCAGUUUGUUAUUGUCUGUCCGAGACACUGAAUGUAUCCAAUUUGGCUUUGACUCUUUGUCUUCUGGAUUACCCACCACUCUCCCCCCUCCCUGGAUAUUCUGGUCAUCAGUUAGAAGAGAGAGGAUUCUGAAAAGGAAAGGUUAUGCAUUUUGUCAUCUUGAAAUAAACCUCAAGAAGGUUCGGAUCAGUACAAUCAGACAAAGAUGACCAAAACCGAGGAACUUCCUGAGAACCAUUCUUCUGGGGAAUUUUAUGAGAAAUAUGAACCGAAGGAAAUCUUGGGAAGGGGGGUAAGCAGUGUGGUUCGUCGGUGCAUCCAUAAGGUUACCAGGCAAGAAUUUGCAGUGAAAAUUAUAGACAUCACAGCUGGGAAUUUGUCCCCGGAAGAAGUUCAGGAACUAAGAGAAGCCACUCUGAAGGAAAUAGACAUCCUCCGGAAGGUGUCUGGACAUCCCAAUGUCAUCCAGCUGAAGGACAGCUUUGAAUCUCACACCUUCUUCUUCUUGGUGUUUGACUUAAUGAAAAGAGGGGAACUCUUUGAUUACCUCACAGAGAAAGUGACCUUGAGUGAGAAAGAAACCAGAAAGAUCAUGCGUGCCCUCCUGGAAGUCAUCAAGUACCUUCAUUCCAUGGACAUCGUUCAUCGAGACCUGAAGCCAGAAAACAUCCUCCUGGAUGAUGACAUGAACAUCAAGCUGACGGACUUUGGCUUCUCGUGUCAGCUGCAGAGAGGCGAAAAACUCAAAGAGGUCUGUGGAACUCCUGGCUACUUAGCACCUGAAAUAUUAGAAUGUUCCAUGGAUCCAGACCACCCAGGUUACGGGAAAGAAGUUGACAUGUGGAGCACAGGAGUCAUCAUGUAUACGUUGCUGGCCGGAUCGCCCCCGUUCUGGCACCGGAAACAGAUGUUGAUGCUGCGGAUGAUCAUGAAUGGAGAUUACAAGUUUGGCUCCCCGGAGUGGGAUGACCAGUCAGAUACCGUCAAAGACCUGAUUGCCCAUUGCCUGGUGGUGAAGUCAGAACGUCGAUACACUGUGGAGGAUGCUCUCACUCACCCUUUCUUCCAGCAAUAUGUAGUGGAGGAAGUCCGACACUUUAGCCCGUUCCGGAAAUUUCGGGUUAUCUGCUUGACGGUCUUAGCAUCGGUCCGAAUCUACCUCAAUUAUCGGAACGUCAAGCCAGUCACCACAGAGGUGAUACGGCGUGACCCUUACGGCUUGAAACCCAUCCGCAAGCUGAUUGACGCCUGCGCCUUCCGGAUCUACGGCCACUGGGUGAAGAAGGGAGAAGCUCAGAACAGGGCGGCUCUGUUUGAAAACACGCCCAAAGCCAUCCUGCUCAGCUUGGCAGCCGAGGAAGAGUUCUUCUGAGUCUGAAUGCGGUGACAACACAGGACUCUGAAUGUAUUAACAGCUAAGGCAAAAA